CGGCUUCCGCAGCCGACGGCGCCCUUCAGCGCCGCUUCCUCCCGCCGCGGGGAUUCCGUAGCUUCCGCUUCCGGUCCGGGGCGUCCUGGUGUCCGAGCGCUGAGGCGGCUGCUUCCCUGCUCCUUGUCAGUCUGUAGGUCCUGAAGAAUGAAGAUUUGAAAGCAAGGCCAUGGCUAAACACCUGAAAUUCAUUGCCAGGACUGUGAUGGUUCAGGAGGGGAACGUGGAAGGUGCAUACAGAACCCUGAACAGAAUCCUCACUGCCGAUGGGCUUACCGAGGUCAUAAAGCGACGGCGCUACUAUGAGAAGCCCUGCCGCCGCCGCCAGCGGGAGAGCUAUGAAGCGUGCCGGAGGAUCUACAACAUGGAAAUGGCUCGCAAGAUUAACUUCUUGAUGCGAAAGACCCGGGCCGAUCCAUGGCAGGGCUGCUAAGGCCUGUGGGUAGAAGACCCACGUUAAUUCUACGUCUAACUCUUUCCUGUUACCUUUCUGUACAAUAAACUCAAUCACAUGUGAACAAGAA